AUGGCCGCGUCUUCAACUGCUGCCUCCUCAGAGGUAGAUUCAAGAGAAAUCACCAAGCUCUUUGGCACAAUACGAAAGUCGGUUACGGCUCUCAGCACCUCGGUCAAAGCAUUCGAAAAGGACGCUAACGAAGCGCAAUCCACUGAUUUCGAAGCAAACCCUUUCGCCUACCCAGAUGGCAUCUCGCUGCUCUCUGUCAAAAAUGAUGUUAUGCUUGACUAUCUCCACCAUGUUAUCGCUCUCUGCAUUGCCAAGAUCUCAGGUCGAUCGCUCGCCGCUAGCAGCAGCAAGAUCGACACCACACAGGGUCCAGUAGAUCUCGUUCAGGACCUGGUCAAACUCCGCCUGAUGCUUGAGAAGCUUCGACCGUUAGAGAAUCGUCUCAAGUAUCAGAUGGAUAAACUUCUCCGUGCGGCUGCGGAUGCGGACAAGGAGGCUUUAUCUGGCCGUUCUAAGCCAGCAACAAGCAAGAAGACAAAGGGCAACGGCGACAGCAGUGAUGAAGAUGAAGCCAGCGACGAUGAUCUCGCGUUUCGACCCAAUCCGUCCGCUUUCAUGCAGGACAAAGCUCGGACGCUCGCCAAAUCGUCGAAAGAAGACGCCAAGUCAAGGAGGAAAUCUGGACGCCAGUCUUCCGAUUCCGAUUCCGAUUCGGAUCACCAAGGUGGAAAGACGGCCGUCUAUCGACCGCCCAAGCUCGUUCCCAUGUCGUACGAUCCAGAUGCACGAACCAACAAAAAGGAUCCGCGCUUUUCCGACAAGCCUUCCUCGAUCACGCGCAACUCGGCACUGCUUUCGGAUCUCACGGCAGGCAUGUCGUCCAACCCCUAUGAAGCCUCUUCUGCCGGUGUCGGUGUGGGAGGUCGUGGACGACUCGCGGCCAACGCCUCUGCUCGCGCCAAGGCAUUGGCAAGGAUGGAAGAGUUUGAAGAGGACAACUUCACGCGUCUCGUCAUGUCCAAGAAGGAUGCACGCAAGCGUCGCCGCGACGAAGCCGAUGUGGCGCUCGGCGGUGCCGGUCUCAGUUCGGGUCGCGAUGGAAGGAGGAGAAUCGGUGGUGGUAUGGAGGAAGAGUUUGGCGAUCUGCUGCGUGGCUCUGGCUUGGAUGGUCGCGGCGGGAAGAAGGCGAAGAAGGCUCAAAGCGCCUACGACGCGCUCAGGGCUAGCAGCAAGGCAGGUUCCACUUUGCAGAGAUCCAAGAACUUGUCUGCGCCCACAUCAUCACCGAGUGGUGGCAAGAACAACAAGUUCAAGAACCAGGUCAAUCGUGCUCGAAAGUGA